CGAGACACUUCGGUGUUAUUUAGCUAUGGUGUCGAGUGUCCCGAAAGCCACAUGUUCACACCUAGCUACACAGUCACUCCGAAAAACGACACAACACAUGCAACACACACCGAUGGUAAAUCAAUCACAAGUGUUUGUCGGUCUCUGUCUGUCAGAGGCUGUUCGCCUCUUUCUCGGUCAACAUCUUUCAUUCCAACCGACCGCAACCAACGACCUGGUGGUAUGGUAUGAUUCAUCCCGUCUCUGCUGGCUCAGCUUCUACGAGACCCUGGUUGAUGAGGAGCUGCUGGAGCUCCCCCUUGUCGAACAUCUCAGACACAAUGUCCGCACCGCCAACGAACUCGCCACUGACAUACAACUGCGGGAUGGUCGGCCAGUCUGAGAACUCCUUGAUGCCCUGCACACGCACACGCACACGCACACGCACACGACAGACACAUGUGUGUGUGUGUGCAUGUGCGUGUGUGGACAGUGCAGUGCAGAGGAACGCCGUCGACCUCUCUGAUGGCCAUGGACGAGAGGACGUCUACAGAGACGAAUUCGAGGCCGAGUGUUCUGAGGAUGGCCACCACUGACGCCGAGAAGCCACACUGCGGGGUGGACGGGGUGCCCUGAAUGAAGAAGAAGAAGAAACAAACGCAGGUACGGAUCAGGGCAGCCCCGAGGAGUCGAGUCGGAUGGAAUGAAUGAAGCACCGAGUGAGUGUGCCUGUCCUGUCCGUCCGUCGCUGGGUGUUACCUUCAUGAAGAGAACAACUUUAUGCUCCCUCACAAUGUCACUGCAGCCAGCCAGCCAGCAUCCAAUCCGUGUUGUUGUCCAUCUCACAUCUCACUGGCCGGCUGACUCACUGACUCACUCAAUGACUUCUUUAAUGGGUUUGUUGAUCUCUCGCCUCGUCGUCUUGGGCGCGUCAGCCUUUGAGGGAUCCUGCACCACACACACACCGCCACUCGUGUGUGUGUGUGUGUGUGUGCGUGAGUGUGGUGGUGCGUGUGGCUUUGCUUGCCUUGAGGUACUCGAGCACACUGUCGACGAAGCUGUUGUCGCCCUCCCCCAGCCACUCCACCUCCAAGUCACUGUUGACUACACAGGCAAACCUGAACCAACCAACACCCAAUGCAAGCAAACCAUCCAUCCAUCGCACAAAGAAGGCAAUCAAUCAGUGUGAGCCUUAGUUCUCGCCACCGACCUUCUCGCCCUGAGGCCCAUCAGCGCCCUGGAAGCGUCGAGCUCCAUCCCUGACGCCUGGUGGAGUGGACGGAAUGAUGAAUGGUGUAACCAUAGAUGCGAUGAUGCAUUCCUUCAUGCGUGCGGCCCACGUCCACGCUACGCUUCACACGCACCCGAGUGAACUCGGCGUUUCCGUCGGAUAUCAUCAUGACGCGGCCCUCCACGCCCGCGUUGCUCGACCAUGCUGCACACACACACAAAGGAAGGAAACCUCAUGUGUGUGGAGUGGAGUACAGUGAGGGCGUUGGUCAAUUCAGGCUGGAUUGACCGCACCCCACACACGAAUGCGUGGCGUGCCCCGCACACCGACAGACCUUUGAGGACGAAUGGAUCUGCAAACAAACAGCCAGCCAGCCAGCCAGACAGCAAGCCAGCCAGCGAGCCACUUUUCUGUCCUCCCGUCCGUUGCCCUCCCUCCCUCACGCACCAUUGACAGCGAGGCAGGCCACGACGUCCACGCCAAAUGACUUGAUCUCAUCCACCUUCUCCAAGAAGCCUGGAAGGUGCUUCUCAGAACAGGUGGGCGUGAACGCACCUGUGGAUCCGUUGCACCGCACCGUCCACACCCACACGCCAAGCGACACACACAAUGCUGCAAUGCAUCCCACCUGGCACUGCAAAGAGGACGCUCCUCUUCCCCCGAAAGAUGUCAUCAAUCAUCACCUGCACGUACAACACGCACGCACCAGAAGCGCCAGAUGGCCCAGGGAUACAAUACAAUACACUGCACACCAUCACGAUCAUGAGCAUCCCGCCCUUCUCACCUCAGCGUCGAGUGGCAGCGUCCUCACGCGCGCUGAUGGGAUGGGGUUGCCCCUGCUCAGCUUCAUCCGCAGCAGGCUCCGGUGGUGGUGGUGGUGGUGCCUGUGAUGCCGCGCUGCUGCUUCUCUCGCAGGGACUCGGGAGGAAGGAGAGGACAGGGGCGAUGGAUAUCGGUGGAGGGAAAGGGUGAAUGCAUAUGCGUCGGUGCAUCUUGCGGUGAGGAGUGA